AUGAGGUCCCAGAUGAGAAAUUUUGUGAACGUUGCUUCCAGAGGCAUGGAGCCUGCUUCUCUCCACUCCAGGGAUGAGUCUCAGUUCAAUGUCUUUCCAACACUCAGACCUUCUUGGUCAAGUGCAAGUGGUGCUGAGGCCCACUGGGGACUCUCUCUACUUGAGAAGCCAUCGCCAUUAUCACAGGAAGUUUGCAACCUGCAGGAUGGUUUUGCCCCUGUGUCGACAGGGCCGGCUCCCACAAAGAAACGUCUUCUGAGUUGGAAGAGACCUUAUGUGGUUGGCGCUGGGCUUCAGAAUAUGGGGAACACCUGCUAUGUGAAUGCAGCACUGCAGUGUCUGACAUACACACCACCCCUGGCCAGCUAUAUGCUGUCCCAGCAGCACUCGAAAACCUGUCAGAAUCAGAGAUUCUGCACACUGUGUGCAAUGCAAGUUCACAUUACCCGGGCCCUCUACCACCCUGGAGAUGUUAUCCAGCCCCUGCCGGAACUGGUUACUGGCUUCCACAGACGCCGGCAAGAAGACGCUCAUGAAUUUCUGAUGUUCACUCUGGAUGCCAUGCAGCAAGCAUGCUUGAGUGAGUACAAGCAGGUAGACGGUCACUCAGAUAACACCUUAGUCCGUCAAAUAUUUGGAGGGUACUGGAGAUCUCAAAUCCAAUGUCUCCGCUGCCAUGGUGUUUCAGACACUUUUGACCCUUACCUGGACGUUACCCUGGAUAUCAAGGCAGCUCUGAGUGUGAACCAAGCCUUGAAACAGUUGGUGAAGCCUGAAAAGCUGGAUGGUGAAAAUUCGUAUUAUUGUAGUAUGUGUCUAAAGAAGGUGCCUGCUUCCAAGACGUUGACUUUGCAUACUUCCUCCAAGGUCCUUAUGCUUUUACUGAAACGGUUCUCAAAUUUCACAGGCAGCAAAAUGCCGAAGGAUGUACAGUAUCCUGAGUAUCUUGACAUGCAACAAUACAUGUCUCAGCAGAAUUCAGGACCUCUCCUUUAUGUACUCUAUGCCGUGCUGGUCCAUGCUGGGUGGAGUUGUCACAAUGGACACUACUUCUGUUAUAUAAAAGCUGGAAAUGGUCAGUGGUAUAAAAUGGAUGAUGCUAAGGUCACCGCCUGUGACGUUACUUCUGCCCUGAGCCAAUGUGCCUAUGUCCUCUUUUACAUCCAGAAGAGUGAAUUAGAAAGAGACAGUGGGAGUGUGUUUAUAGAUGGGAAACCAAGAUCCCUCGUGGCUGACGACGCAACCAUGGUUGCAGCCAAAUGGGAGCCUGAAAGAGACUCCAGCGUCAGAGUUCCUGAGUCGGAGAAGCACAUGGGAGAUACAUCAGUCAAACAAAUCACCUUAGACCAGUGGAGAUCCCUCCAAGAACACAAGCGACUGAAGCCUGAAUUCAACCUCAGGAGGAUAGAUUCUGCCCUGCCUGCCCAUGCAGUUGUGAUUCAUUGGUCGAAAUACAGAGAUAGGAUGAGGAAGAAUCAACCUGAACAGGAAAACUACCGCCUCAACAAUUCAGCUAGGGGCAGCCCAGCUCAGGGGGCAAUGAACAUGGGCAAAGUCCUUUGUCUCAGAGGGAGAGCCAGAGCUACCAAGAGGAAAAACAAGCAGGGACAGAGGUCUCUGGAUGCAUUCCAGCAGUCUCGGUACAGGCUUUGA